GAUAGGAGGUUUGUAGUUAGGGAGUUGCUGUGUCAGCAGAUGGGGUUUGUGCCCGCAGAUAUUUUGGCAGUCAUCAACCUCCCUGACAGACAGGGGUAUGAUGUCAGCUUCAAGCUCAUGUCUGGCUUGGACAGGUUCUGGGCCGGCUUUAGUGGGUUUCGGGAUAAAGAGGGGUGGAAGAUUUUCACCUUCAUCCCCAUCUCCAAACCUGACACAGCAAACGUGAACAUCAUUUUCUGGAAUGAGUCUGUGCCCCCCCAGGAUAUUGUAGUCUGGCUCAGAAGGCAUUGUGAGAUGGUCUCU